GGGAGGGCGCUGACGUCAGCGGAUAAGAUGGCGGAGGCGGCGGCUGUGUCUCCGCUUCGCUUCUUCUGUCACUGCUGCAAGGGAGAGGUGUGCCCCAAGCUACCGGAAUACACCUGUCCUCGAUGUGAGUCUGGUUUUAUAGAAGAAGUCACAGACGAAACAAGUUUUUUGGACAAUGGAACGAAUGGCCUUGAUGAUGAUUCAGCCACACAGUUUGCUGAGCUAUGGGAUCGCACCUUCCUGAACCUGGACCAGACCUUCCUGUUUGUUGAUGGGAGACCGUUGCGCAGCGGCACCUCUCUAGAUCACGAAGGUGGGGAACCAGAACGGGGAAGCCAGCAGAAUGAUAUUUGGGGUCCCAGCCGACACACGAGGUUACCGAUGGCCAGAAGGUACCGAGCCCGAGGAGCAUCUCGUCCUGAGAGGUCCCCAGCCAUUGAAGGAAUAAUUCAGCAGCUGUUUGCUGGCCUCUUUAAUGCAGGAAUCUCGGGCUCUCAGCAGACAUUCUCCUGGAGUGGGAUGCUGCACUCAAACCCUGCCGAUUAUGCCUGGGGGCAGAGUGGACUUGAUGCAGUGAUUACACAGCUUCUGGGACAACUAGAAAACACAGGACCUCCCCCAGCAGACAAAGACAAAAUCACAGCCCUCCCGACGGUGCACAUCACACAGGAUCAGAUCGACUCCGGUUUAGAAUGUCCGGUUUGUAAAGAGGAUUAUCUCCUUGAGGAACAGGUCCGACAGCUGCCCUGUAAUCACUUCUUCCACAGUGACUGCAUCGUACCCUGGUUAGAACUGCAUGAUACCUGUCCCGUGUGUCGCAAGAGUUUGAAUGGAGAGGUCACCAUGGGUCACCGGCAAACCUCAGAGGAGUUAUCUGGUAACUUGACUGGCAGUGAGAACCGGCAGCGAGACCCUUGGGCGUACUGAAGGACUCUGCAGGAAGUACUUUGCACCCCAACACCUGCAUAACCCAAUCAGUAAUAUUGUUACUUCUAUUGUAAAUGAUAUAUAUUAAAGAAACGAGUGGGCAUGUGCCACAGCUAAGUGGCUGCUGCCAAACUGAUGGCAUUUGCAGGGGCCUAUCUUUCAUUCUGUGAAUUAUGUGUUUAACAAUGUCGCAUUGAUUCGCUUUUCAAUGGUUGCACAAAGAUCAUAGUUUUAUGCUCAGUUUGUUCGAACCUUGCUCCGUUUCAAAGACCAUGGCAAAUUGAUUUUAAUUUCACCAGUGGGAAAUGUCACUUUUCAGAGCUCACAAGGUAUUUUUGAUCUGCAGUGAGAGGAUUUGAGGGAAGUUGUGGAUCUCUGAAAAGAACUGUUCCAGGAAAACCUUGACUAACAGUAAGGUGGGGUGUGGGUUUGAGACAAUACUGAAACAUGACAGUGCUAGACAGAAAAAGAAGCCAUUAACCCCUCCCCGAACCAUUGUACUACAUAUAAACUGACUGUCAACUUCAUACGUUCAAACUUGUUAACCCUAUAAUAGAUGUUUGGAAGUAUGAGGGUUUCAACUGCUGUCUUUUCCAAAGUAGCUUUCCAAUCAAACAGCAUUCCCUCCUACCCAUGAGCCCCCUCCCCCAACUUCUUGUCUCUGUCUCAAAGCAAAGGCAUGACUGGUCCACAAGUGCUGCCCACCCUCAAUAUCUCGCAAAGUGGUUAUUCAUCGUUGGUGAACCAAGAGACCAUACGUGAGCAGAAUGUUUAGCUGUAGGUGUCAUCAUAAUUAAUUUUUACAUUCACAUUGUGCACUUUCCAGCAGGUUGCAUCUGAAUAACACUUCAGGAGCAAGAACUUUGCCUGCCUGCUUGCAUGCCUCCAGCCCUUACCAGCUAACCCAGCAAGUUUUCACGGGCAUGGCACAAAGGGUUGUGCCUGAUUUGGAUGUUGCAGGCGCGAGGUUCCCAUCCUGAUCCACACAUUCAGCCCCCAAAUUUAGGGUAGCACUUUCAGUUUUUAAGCUGAGCACUGAUACAUUUCUAGGGCAAUUACCAUUUGUGUAAAUCCUCAGUCCUCCUUGAGCCAGUUCUUAAAAUCUCCCCCCUAAUGAGCCAAACAGGGACUGACUUUAAGCGCUGUCCUUUGAAGAAUGGCCUGCCAAUAGCUGGGACAGAUUGCUGGCUUCACUCCUUUUACCCUCCAGUUCUCAUUAACUCCUUGUGUUUGUAGCUAGGUGUCUGGCUACUUUUAAGCAGCCCUAUUUCCAGCUCUGCCCUGUAGAAUCCAGAGUAGUUUGCCCUUUAUUAGAGGGUGUCUUAGGGCAGAAAGGAUGGAAACACACAGGAAAGGAAACCAGUGGAAUUCAGAAGCAUAGGAAUCAGUGCAGGGACAGUAUGUUUCCUCUUGCCCUCUCCUCGGCUGGCAGCUGCUGACUGACCUAGUUACUGCUUUCUUCUGUUCCUUUACUGCAUCCCCAAGUGGAUAGUAAUAUUAUAGUAAUGUCAGAGAACAGAAACAACUGGAAACUAGAGAGCAGAGCUGUCUAAAUUUAGAUCUCCUCUUCCCUUUGUCCAUCUCCACAGGUGCUGAUUCUUGCUGGAGGGGCAGGUCCUCUGAUACCUGGCCACACUCAACUCUUCAGUUCAGUACUGAGUAUCAGCAGGAGAUUAAACCUAAUUGGCUUGAUGGUUGUAAUGAAUUCAAUUUGAUAAGUUUCAAAAACCUUUUUGUAUUUCUUCACAAAGCAUUUGUUUAUAUCAAGCAGGAUGUGAUUUGGUAUAUUAGGGUUAAACAAAUCUUGGAUCAGCUGCAAAGCUCAUAAAUCCCAAGGACCAGAAAUUCUUAAGUUUUCACUAGUCUUGUCGGUAUUUGUGACAGAGAAUUCCUCCUUUCAUUACCUCGUCAAGCUACACGGUCAUGCAGUAUAUAUAUGUUCGUUUGCAGCCAAGAGAGCAGCAGCAUUAAUGACAAUGUUUUAGAGUAAUACAGUAUUGUGAACAACAGUGUUCAGACUUGGAGAGAGGGAAAGAGAGAUCACAGCCUCAAUGGUACACAAGCAGUUGUUGACAUUUGAUGGUGGUAGGUUUUGAACGACGAGAAUGAAUGUUGAAGGAAGUGAUGUGUAGGGAAGUGAGAACCUUGAAUAAUGGCAUGGCACCAAAGUGGAAAACAUCACUGGCCAAUUUCACAAAGAUCUUUUGUCAUGUAUAAAAAUGUCGUUGUCAAACACAAAAAAGUUGGCUGUAACUUGGAUGGAUUUGUAAAAUGGUGAUGCUUGAAGUUUAGUUAGUCUUGGUAGUGUGACCCACUUUGAAUAGUGACCAAACUGUGACUGUGCACAGCCAUCAGUAUAAUCCUAAAGCCACUGAAUGGACCACUGGUUUUCAUUCUGACUUUGUGCAUAGAAUGUAUUGGCUUUAAUGGAGUUAAAAUGAUUCACAUUUAAAAUUCUUUCUGAUCUGGGACUUGGGCCUGUGGAGCGAUCUGCAGUUGCACAGUUCCAUCAUCUGGCCAUGAGGGGAGUGGUAUAUUUCUAGUUACUCUGAAGGUAGAGAUGUUACUGCAGCACUGACUACAGAUGCCUGGUCUAGCAAAAGUCUGCACACUAACGCAUAAUGUUAUCUCCCAUGUUCCAGCCCUAAACCUGCAGCAUGUUUUAGAAAAAGCUGAGUACAAUGUGAACCUUCAACAUGUGCACAGAUUCUUUCAGGACAGAAAAGGCCAAUUUGCCUGUCAAACCUGUGCCAACUCUUCAAAAGAGCUGCUUCAUUUAGUUGCAUGUGCCAGCUAGUUUUGCAAAUCUUGUUCCUGUCCACAAUUCAUCCAGAAGAGUAUGGCUGUGCGCCUGGCUUUAAAUCUAGCUCCUGGUGCCAGCAAGCUGUAUAAUAGCAGAUAGGAACAAAUUUGCUCCCUUUACCUGGUGCAUCUGGAAACAGUGUCUGCUGUGUUAUUGUCUUCAUUCAAGAUUACUUGCCUUUCUUUUGGAGCUUGCCUUUCAUGUUCACGAUACUAUUCCCACCCAAGAUAGUGUAUGAAUGUAUUAGUUGGUGAUGCAGUUCAAAAUGAAACAGGAGCCAAAACUCUGCAAUUAAGAACUACUGUCAAACACUUGAAAUAAAAUUAAUUCAGAAUGGAAUAGUACUGCUCAUUGGAAGACAGUCAUCUGGUAUUGCAUUCUGUUUUUUGUAGUUGUAAAUGUUUAAUCUGUCAUUGGUUUAAAAGUUUUUAUUUUGUAAAUAAACCAGAAAAAAGUUGUUGAGA